GAGAGGGAGUCUAGAGAGAGAGAGAGAGAGAGAGAGGGAGUCUAGAGAGAGAAAGAGGGAGUCUAGAGCUUCAACACUGCGACGUCAAUGGCGGUUAGGGUUUUCUAUUCGGCCUCCAAACAAUAACCCCCUUACUGUUUUUUUACCCGUUCCUCUCUCUUUCGGCUCGCCCUCGGAAACCCUAAUUCGCGAACGUUCCUCGAGGCCUCCACGCUUUUGAUUCCAAUCGCGUUCUGAAUUCUAGGUCAGAAAUUGGAAUCGCACACGGAGGAACUGUAAUGGGCGCGCCGGAGAAAUCACAGGCCAGCGCUAGCUCGAUGCAGCGUGUUAAGGUCUAUCGUUUGAGUGAAGAUGGGAAAUGGGACGAUCAAGGAACUGGGCAUGUCACUGUUGACUAUUUGGAGCGAUCAGAUGAGCCCGGUUUAUUUGUCUUCGAUGAAGAAGACCAUGAGACGUUACUUCUGCACCGCAUCAGUGCAUCUGACAUUUAUAGAAAGCAAGAAGACACAAUUAUUUCAUGGAGGGAUCCAGAGUUUUCCACAGAAGUAGCUCUUAGCUUUCAGGAGGGAACAGGUUGCUCUUACAUAUGGGACCAUAUCUGCAGUGUGCAAAGAAAUUUGAAUUUCAGUUCUCUUAACAACGAUACGUUUGGUGCAAACAGUGAGUUGAGGGAGCUGCCUGCAGUCGAGCUAUCUACACUCCCUUUAAUACUAAAGACUUUGGUUGAGUGUGGUCUUGCUGAUCAGAUGCGAUUGACUGAACUUAUUUUAAAUGAUCAAGAUUUUUUUCGAAAGCUGAUGGAACUAUUUAGAAUCUGCGAGGACUUAGAAAAUAUUGAUGGUCUACACAUGAUAUAUAAAAUAGCAAGGGGAAUCAUUAUGCUUAACAGUCCUCAGAUCUUUGAGAAGAUAUUCAGUGAUGAAUUGAUCAUGGAUAUUAUUGGUUGCCUCGAGUACGAUCCUGAAGUUUCUCAUGUUCAACAUCACCGCAAUUUCUUAAAAGAGCACGUUGUUUUUAAGGAGGCUAUACCAAUAAAAGAUCCUCUGGUCCUCUCAAAGAUACAUCAGACAUAUAGAGUUGGUUAUCUAAAGGAUGUCAUUUUGGCCAGAGUAUUGGAUGAGGCCACUGUUGCAAAUCUCAACUCCAUUAUUCAUGCAAACAAUGCCAUUGUUGUUUCUUUAUUAAAGGAUGACAGUACCUUUAUCCAGGAAUUGUUCGCUAGGUUGAGGUCACCCUCCACCUCUGCAGAAUCUAAAAAAAAUUUGGUGUACUUUGUGCAUGAGUUUUGUAGUUUAAGCAAGAGCCUGCAGAUGGUACAGCAGCUCCGGCUCUUUCGGGAUCUUGUGACUGAAGGCAUCUUUGACAUCAUCACUGAUGCUCUGCAGAGUCAAGACAAAAGGCUUGUAUUAACUGGGACAGAUAUCCUCAUUCUUUUCUUAAAUCAGGAUCCGAACCUUCUGCGUUCGUAUGUUGUUCGUCAAGAAGGCAUUCCACUUCUUGGACUUCUGGUUAAAGGAAUGCUAACAGAUUUUGGGGACGACAUGCACUGCCAGUUUCUUGAGAUUCUUCGUAGUCUUUUAGAUUCAUUUACGUUGUCAGGAGCUCAGAGAGAUGCGAUUAUUGAGAUUUUCUAUGAGAAGCAUUUGGGUCAAUUAAUUGAUGUCAUAACAGCAGCAUGUCCCUCAGAAGACAUUGCUCGAUCACUUGGUAAAUCUUCGGGAUCUGGUGGAAGAGUUGAAAAUCAGAUUGUUGUGAAGCCUGAAAUUUUGACAAACAUAUGUGAAUUGCUAUGCUUUUGUGUUCUGCACCAUCCUCAUAGAAUAAAGUGUAACUUUCUUCUAAAUAAUAUGAUAGAUAAAGUUUUGUUUCUAACACGAAGAAGGGAAAGAUACUUGGUGGUUGCUGCUGUGCGAUUUGUCCGCGCUACCCUCACUCGUUGGGAAGAGCAUUUGAUAAAUCACUUUGUUAAGAACAACCUUUUCAAGCCAAUUGUAGAUGCCUUUGUUCGUAAUGGCCAUCGUUAUAACUUACUUAACUCUGCCAUUCUAGAGCUUUUUGAGUUCAUCCGAAAGGAAAACAUGAAAUCAUUGCUAAAACAUAUAGUGGAUUCAUUUUGGAACGAGUUGGUCAAAUUUGAGUAUUUGGCACCAAUCCACUCUCUAAAAGUAAAAUAUGAGCAGUGUCAAGAGCCUUGUGGAGCAAGAAGCACUGUUACUGUGUCAGAGCCUAGAAAGAGAAAUGAUGAGCGCGCUUUGGAGAAAGAAGAGGAAGAGUAUUUCAACGAGGACAGUGACGAAGAGGACACAGCAUCGGCAUCCAUGUCAAAUAAUACCGAAAAAGGCCAAGCUCAACCUGUUUUAUCCAAUGGAGAGGCUGUAAGCUACACAGCCUCAAGUCCAAGAUCUGGUGGGCUGGUUGACUACGAUGAUGAUGAGGAUGAUGAAGACUACAAACCACCAUUAAGGAAACAACCUGAUACGGAUGAAGAUGAAGGAACUAUAAUAGAUUCCUUUAGGUUGAAGCGGAAAUUGGGUUCGAAGGAUAAGGAACCUGAGCAAGUAAAGAGGCAGCGUUUUGGUAAAAAUGUGAAAUCAAAAGAUAAUAAUGUGUUUGCUGCAUUGUGUACGACACUUAGCCAGGCAGUGCUACCGGGUAACAAAACUGGAAACAUGGUGAAUGCAACUUCUUGCACAGCUGAUGAGCACAAGAGCUCCGGUGAAGAAAAUCAUCAGGAGAAUGAUUGUGCCGUUUCCAGAGGGUGUCCUGAUAACAGCAUCAGCUCUGACGAGAAUCAUGUAGAGAACGAACUGGCUGCUUCUAGGAGCUGUUCUGAGCUCCUGCAUGGCACUUCGGAAAACAGGCAGUUGGGUGGAGAGGAUUGUGCCUUAAUACCCCCGAAAUCCUCACCGGAGAUGGCAGUGAAUGGCUCUUAAGUUGUUUUCAAGAAUCAGCCAGAAGGGGCUCCGAAGGUGGUUUUAUGAUUCAAGUCAUGAAUGUGGUUGGCACCGAAAGCAGUUCCGAGCCACUAGUGUAAACGACACUAUUCAGAAAGCAAACAAAGAAGGGGCAGAUCAACAAAAGGUGAUGAAUUAGUUUUAUAGCUUUCCAUCGCCAAGAGGAAGGAGAUACUGUAUAUUACCAUUGGAGGUUGAAAGAAUGUCACAAUGUGGGCCCCAUCUUCACCGCCUUUCAGUUGGCUUACGAGGAGGGCAGCUUUGAGUUUGGUAGUUGCUUUUGUAAAACAUUCAUCAGCAUUUUGAUUUUCUUUAUCCGAUUUUUCCCUUUUUGCUUUUUUCGUUUCUUUUUCUCAAAAUUUACCUUUCUUCCUCUUGCCUCUCGUUACUUUAGCAAUAUAAACAAAUGUGACAGAAAGGGCACAAAAAUAUGCCCUGCACAGUGUCCUUUUUCUUACAUUUUUAUUUAUUUAUAAAUGUUUUGUGGUGGGGGUGGGUUAUAACCGAGUCAAGGGUUGAGAGGCCAAUUUUCUCCUAUGUAAUAGAUUAUUGUAAAUUAGUUAUUGAACUUACUAUUAUGCAAUCAAACUAUUUUGUCCAUGA